AUGAGGGGUUGGGAGAAGGGCGCGGAUCGAAGGCCGAGCUUUGAUAGCCGAGAAUGUUCAAUUGCCGCCGCUAUCGGUGACAGUAAACUGGAGCAUGAAUCGCGGGUGGCCCCAAACAUGCCACAGCGCAUCGUAUUGCUCUCGUUGUAUUGGCAAUUGCCGACCCUCAAGUCUCUUGAGUAUUUGUCAAUUGCCGACUCUCAGGUCGUGACGCGGUCACAAAGAAGAUACAACGCCACGAAAGCGUACCAAAAGUUCAGACUUUCAGUAGCCGACGCGUCUCACCAGCAGAAACUCUGCCUGCCAAGUUGCAAAGAAAACUUUGACGCGAUUGGUCUCGAAACGGCUCAGACGGCAUUCGACGUCUCCCCUUCCCACAGUGAAACCCCAAACUCCCCGCAGAAAUGCUCUACCCCGUGUCGUGUGGAUUCCCGGGGAAGUGGUACUAACCGCGUCGAUCUUGAUACUUGGCAGAACCUUCAGACGACAGCUUUCGCGGGGAAGCGUUCUAGUUCAGUUCAGACAGUGAGCUUACCGCACGCUCAAAGACGAAACUCCUUAUUCAAGAUGGGUGAACUUCGAGGGCAGCGGCUUGUCUUGGCCGUCAGCGUUCUCACAUCGCUGGGUUUCAUGCUCAUCGGUUAUGACAAUGGCCUUAUGGGAGGACUGGUCAAUGCCCCGGCAUUUAACUCGACGUUCGACUCUCCAGACCCGACCAUGACAGGCCUCAUCGUGGCAAUCUACGAAGGCAAUCAGCUGACUCUGGUAUCUCUAGUUGGCUGUUUCUUUGGCUGUGUAGCAACGGCGUUUUUCGGCGAGAAGUACGGCCGCCGAAAGACCAUUGGAACUGGUUGCUCUAUCAUGGUCGUCGGUGCCAUCAUUCAAGCCGCUUCGUAUGGACGCGCUCAGAUGAUUGUCGGGCGAAUCGUCUCUGGUGUCGGAAUGGGCAUCGUCAACUCCACUGUUCCUGUUCUCCAGGCCGAGUUCAGCCCCAAGGCAAGCCGUGGCAUUUACGUCUGCGCACAACUAUCUACCCUAAACUUUGGAAUCUUCCUCAUCUACUGGAUCGAUUACGCCUUCUCGUCACACCUUGAGAGCUACGCCUGGAGAGUCCCAGUUGCUCUGCAGUGCAUCUGCAUCCUGCCAAUGUUCAUCAUUUUGCAGUUCAUACCAGAGACUCCGCGAUGGCUUGCAGCACACAAGCGAUCAGAUGAAUGCCUGGCCGUUCUGAAGCGCCUCAAGUGUGACGAGGACGAAGACACAAUUCUUGCUCUGCACAACUCGAUCACGCAAACGGUGACAUACGAGGCCGAGAACAGCGCGAGUUCGUGGCGAGACCUCUUGGUGCAAGACCGUAUUCAGAGCCAGAGGAGAUUUCUUAUUGCGUGUUUCUUGCAAGGCGCACAGCAGCUUGGAGGAAUCAAUGCUAUCAUCUACUACAGCGGUACUCUAUUUGAGAAGAGCAUCGGAUUCGAUAGCCACAUGUCAAGCCUCAUGUCUGGAUUCCUGCAGACCUGGUUCUUCGUUGCUUCGUUUAUUCCAUGGUUCUUGAUUGAUCGCGUGGGCAGAAGACCUUUGCUCUUGUCCAUGAUUAGCGUCAUGGCGGCCGUCAUGGCAGUCCAAGCAGCCCUCAUCUACCAGGUCCAAAACUCUACUGCCAUCGCCAAAUCAGCUGGUAUUGGCGCUGCGGCCAUGCUUUUCGUUUUCCAGGGUGCCUUUACCAUCGGCUUCCAGGCCACUGUCUGGGUUUACCCGUCGGAGAUUUUGCCUCUGCGGAUUCGGCAACUGGGCUCGUCCAUUUCCAGUGCUACCAACUGGAUUUUCAAUUACAUGGUUGUUCAAGUUACUCCAAUCUCUAUCUCGAGUAUUGGAUGGCGUACUUACAUUAUCUUUGCGGUUUUGAACGCCGCGUGGGUGCCCGUCAUCUACCUGUUCUUCCCUGAGACCAAGGGAUUGGAGCUGGAGGAUGUUGACCGCCUGUUUGCCGGCGAUGACUUUGAAAAUACGAUCCAUGAUAGAGAUAGCAAGCAUGAAGUCUGGGAUAUCGAAGACAUUGGAAGCCAUUGCGGCGAAAAAGGAGCAUUGGUUACAGAUAUUCAGACCAUCUUCGUGCAGUCGCGCUGGUACGGCCGCGACCACAUGCAGCCAGUCUCAUAA